UUCGCCGGGCCGCCAUCAGGGCAGAAGAUGCAGGGCAAUGAUGCAGGGCCGCAUCGCGUUCAUGUAAUGCAACGCGUACGUACGUACGUGCAUAUACAUGUACACAGAGCUGUAUGGCAUGUACGUCCGUACGUACAUACAUGUACACGUCCGGCCGGCCCCGUACUAUCGUAUCGCGGCUCGAAUAGGAUCAGUAUAGUGCAGUACACAAAAAACCUUGUAACAUGGCUGCCAUUCGGGAUAUGUUUGAAUGUGUAUCGGUAGAAGCUAAGUGCCAGUUUGACUUUGAUUAGCCUGCUUAGUGACUUUUGUUUUGAAGUGAAAGCCUUGAAGUCACAAUCAUGAGUCCACCAUCACAUAAUUCCUCGGUACCAAAGAUCAUGGUGUUUCGUCCUAGCCUGGAGGAAAUGAAGGACUUCCCAGCCUACAUUGCAUACAUGGAGUCCAUGGGAGCACACAAAGCUGGCAUUGCUAAGAUUAUACCACCGAAGGAGUUUGUGGCAGCAUAUGACUAUGACAAACUUGAAACCCUCACUAUCCCAGCUCCAAUUCAGCAAGAAGUAAUGGGUCACCAAGGACUAUACACCCAGUACAACAUUCAGAAGAAGCCUCUGACAUCACUUGAGUUCAGGAAACUAGCAAACAGCAGCAGGUAUGCAACUCCACCACACUUUGAUUAUGACGAUCUAGAGAGGAAGUACUGGAAGAAUAUUACCUACAACCCUCCCAUCUAUGCUGCAGACAUCUCUGGCUCAUUGUACAGCAAGGGCUGUAAUAUAUGGAACAUCAACAAGCUCAACACACUUCUGGAUGUGAUUGAAGAGGAACAAGGUGUGAAAAUCGAAGGAGUUAACACUGCAUAUCUGUACUUUGGAAUGUGGAAGACCACAUUUGCCUGGCAUACAGAAGACAUGGAUCUGUACAGUAUUAACUACCUGCAUUUUGGAGCCCCUAAAUCCUGGUAUGGGAUUCCGCCAGAGCAUGCCAAGAGGUUAGAAAGACUUGCAUCUGGUUUUUUCCCACAGAGCUUUCAAAUUUGUCCCAAUUUUCUAAGACACAAGAUGACAUUGAUCUCACCACAGAUAUUGAAGAAGUACUCAAUCCCAUAUGACAAGAUAACACAAGAAACAGGAGAGUUCAUGGUUACUUUCCCUUAUGGUUACCAUGCUGGCUAUAACCAUGGCUAUAACUGUGCCGAGUCAACCAACUUUGCUUCACUUCGUUGGAUUGAUUUUGGAAAGAGGGCAAAAUGUUGUUCCUGUCAGAGGGACUCGGUAAAAAUCAACAUGGAACCAUUCAUCAGGAUCUUCCAACCACAUCGCUAUGAUGCAUGGAAGCAGGGUAAAGACAUGGUCUACAUCGAGGAUAUUGACAAACCUAGUAGUGGAAUGCAGUCCCAAAAUGUCAUGGAGUAUAACAGUCCUAGAAAAUCCAAUGAUGAUGGAAUGCCGCUCAAGACCAGACGUCAACCACUGCACAAAAAGGAUGGGAGACGUGUCAAGACAGGAACAACAAGUCAACGAAAACGUAACCAUAAAGAGUUGCAUAAGGAAGAUGAGGAAUCCAAUGUGCAGACAACAUUAAUCAUGCAACAACAGACUGCAUCGCUUACAACCCCAAUUGUAAGCAUUGAGAUAGAACCUUUGCAAGCAGCUACUACAGUCACUUACAGUGAUGUGCCAAGGGUCUUGAGCAGCUUGGAAACAACUGUACAAGAAGAUAUUGUCAAUGAGAGUGAGGAGCCUAAACCAAAAAUACCUCGCAAUGAGCUGCCAUCACCAAGUCCUGACCUUUCAGAAAGCAGUACUCUAAAAGCCAAGAAAAAGACCUCCAAUUCUGGAAAGGGGGAUUCAAAAUUGAAAAAAAAGCUUUCUCACAAAUACAAGGAAUCUAGAACUGAGCAUUUGGACUCGGAGAGAAUCAAUGCAAAGUCAAAAAAGAAACAUCCAAAAUGUACGAAAGAGAAAUCCAAGUCAAAAAAUAAAGAAAGUAAACUAAUGAGAGAAACGAAACCAGCUGCAGAGAUGUCCAUACAUGUAAGUGCAGGAGUUGGCAUACACAAUCAAACUGAAGACCAUCAGAAUGUUUUUACCUCUAAUGAUGGCCUUCUGAAAGCGAGUGGUAAAUAUUCCCAUCAGAAGACAAAAGUAAAACCACAGAAAACAGGGUUACUGUUGGAACAGGAGAAAGCAAGAAAGAAAAAGAAACUCAAAUCCCAGAAAACUGCAUUGCUGAAGCUGAAAGAUGGAGUAAAAAGGGAGCAUGCAUACAGCAGCAGCCCAAGCAACCAGCAAUCCAGAACAACCAGCCAGACGACCAGCAGUCCAGACCUUCAUAGAAACAAAUCCAACCACAAGAAAAUCAAGCUGAAUAAACUUGUAGAAAAAUCUACAAAGACCGAGACAAAUACUACAGAGGAACAACUGGGCUACUUAUCAACAGACAAAGCUGGAACAAAAGUUAAACAUGAAGGAUGUAUGCAAGAGUUGCUAUCCAAGUCAGCAGAUAAAAUGGCAGAUCAGAAUUGCAUGGAGUUAACAUCAAAGAGCAAAGCAGCUGCCAAGACUUCAGGACCAAAGGGAAAAGCAAAGCACGAUUUCACUUCACAAGAGUUUGCCACAAUGAAAGUUUGGGCUCGUUCUAUGAAUGGUCUGUGGGUGACCCAGCCACAUAGCUAUGACAUGGAGCUUGCAUAUAACUUGUCCAUGGCGGACCAGAGACCAGGCUGCUGUAUUUGUAUGCUGUUCUACAAUGAGAAGCUUGAUGGUAAGGACUGGGAUAGCAAUAAAACAGCAUGCAGUAGUCUGACAGGGCAAGGUGCUUCCAUUGACCGACAUACACUUGUUCUAACACCAGAGAUGUGUUUUGCUGCAACCAGUGAGAAUCGAUUCCCAGAUUGUAGAAACAUGGCACUGACCUCUGAAGGCCGAAGUGUACUGCUGCACUGUAACCAGUGCAAGAUCGCAGUUCAUGCAAGUUGUUAUGGUGAGUCUGGGAGCGAGUCUGACUCAUGGAAAUGCAGACGAUGUAAAGAGCAGGAUUAUCUGGCAGAAUGUUGCUUAUGUAAUCUUCGUGGAGGCGCUCUCAAGCAAACCACAAAUGGGCGUUGGGCACAUAUUGUGUGUGCUAUGGCUAUUCCUGAAGUGACAUUUGAAGAUGUACAAGCUAGAGAGCCCAUUAACAUAGACAAAAUAUCCCCUGCAAGAUUAAAACUGAAAUGUUUCUUCUGUCGGCCAUUCAUCAAGAUGGGUAGCAAGUUUGGCGGCUUAAUCCAAUGUUCAGUGGGUAGAUGUGCCUUGGCAUUCCAUGUAACGUGUGCUCAAGCAGCAGGAGUGGUAAUGGAACCUUGUGACUGGCCAUUUGCAGUGUAUGCUACUUGCCUCAGACACCCAUACUCAGACAAGAUGAGGGACAAUCCUCGUGAUUACCCACUGAAGGACAUCUGUGUUGGCCAGACAGUCAUAGCCAAACAUAAGAACAGUCGAUACUACAAGGCAGAGGUCAUUGCAGAUUACCAACAGGCCUUCUACCAUGUGAAGUUUGAUGAUGGCUCAUACAGCGACAAUCUUUAUCCUCAUGAUAUUGAGAGUCAUGACUGCAUGAGAAAUGGCCCUCCAAGUGAAGGUGAUGCAGUUACAGUGCGUUGGACAGAUGGUCUCGUCUAUAGAGGCACCUUUGUCAAAAGCUACAUGGUUCAGAUGUAUGAUGUAGAGUUUGAAGAUGGUUCUGUAUUGAGAGUCAAACGUGAAGACCUUUACUCACAAGAAGAACCCCUUCCAAAGAAAGUGACUACAAAACUGUCUACUGCUUCGGACAUGCGGCAUGAGAAUUUCUGGGAAAACAAGAUAGUGAAGGAACGUCAUCGUCAUGUGUACAGCCUGUAUGCUUCAAGUGGAUCUGAACCCGAGGACAAAACAUCCAUUAAUACAAGAGACAAGGCAGCAAACAGUAGAAGUACUCAUGGCAUGCCUAACAAGGCAAUGCAGGAGGUUAUCCUGGCACACCAUAGUGAACAUACUGAAGAGAUCCUAGACCAAUCACAGGCAGUGAUUGAUGGAGUAAGACCAGAUAGAACACAGGACAACCUUACCGAAGCACUCAUUCCAGACACAGCACAAGCACAGGCAGAUAUGUCCCAGAUUGAAGUCUUCCCUCAAGAGAUGAAAGGAGAUUGCAAUAUUGAAGCAUGAUGUGUAUGGACGGACAGUUGCAGUGGCAUCACAUGGUAUGUGUGUGCCCAAUUCACAAUCAGAUAUUCUCUUGCAAUUUUUAUUGAACAAUUGCUCAACCAGUAAAUGUAGUUCAAAGUGGUUUCAAAUACAUCAGUUUUCAGUGAAUUUGUUCAUUUUAGAAUGUUAUUUAGGUAUUAGUUAUUUAUUAUAAAAGUUGUUAAC